CUGUGUUUACGUCAGGUUUCCUCUGUUACAGAGCGUACAAAGCCACUAGACAGCCAGAUCAUCCUGAGAGUCCAAAAGCUCCACACCCAUGGCCAAAGCAUCGUACCAAAACCUUGUUCUACUUGCACUGUUAGUCUUACCCACAGCACUCAGCCAAUCGGAACAAGAUGUCCAUCAGGCUCGUGGGAGAAGUUUUCAUUUACCUGACACCGGUUCUGACAGUAGCCUGUGGAAAUCUCUGGAAGACCAUCUAACUAGUUCCAUUACCACGGUGAUAAUUCCUGCAGUUUACAGCGUUAUACUGAGCAUCGGGCUCCCAGCCAAUGGGAUGGCUCUUUUAGUCUUGGUCAAAAGGAUCCAGCGAUUACCGUCCACCAUCUUCCUGAUGAACCUGGCUGUAGCUGACCUGCUCCUGUGCCUCGUGCUGCCGUUCAAAAUUCACUAUCACUUCCUGGGCAACCACUGGCUCUUUGGUGAGGCUCUGUGUCGGACAAUGACCGCCUUCUUCUACGGGAACAUGUACUGCUCCAUCCUGCUGCUCACCUUCAUCAGUGUGGACAGAUACUUCGCUCUGGUCCACCCGUUUCUCUCCAAGCGAUUCCGGGACAAUGGCUUCGCUGUCAGGAGCUGUUGUGUGAUUUGGCUGCUUGUUGUCGUUGCCAUGUUACCGUUUCUCCUCCGCAGACAGACCUAUCCAAUCCAGAACCUCAACAUCACCACCUGCCAUGAUGCUUUACCAACAUCAUUGGUCACUGAUUAUUUUUUUUACUACUUUUUGUGUUUGGUUGUGUUUGGGUUUUUUAUUCCGUCUCUUAUUACUAUAUUCUGUUACCUGUCUAUCGUCAGAUCAUUGAUAUUGGAAGAAAGCAAGUAUUCUAAAGCUAUAAUGACCAUGGUGUUGGUACUGACUGUGUUUUUGAUAUGUUUCACUCCCAGUAAUAUAACUCUGUUGGUACAUCACUCACCGAUCCACCUCACUGACAGCAAUGACCUGUAUUUACUCUAUCUGAUCUGCCUUCUGCUCAGCACCUUCAAUAGCUGCCUUGACCCUUUCAUCUAUUAUUAUAUUUCUGAGGAAUUUCAGAAUGAAGUCACAAACAUGAUUCUUUGCAAAGCAGAGAAGCGUGAAGAUUCUGGAAAAAGAUCUGAGCAGUUUGUUCUGACUAGCUCCUCUUUGAAUUGAAUUGAAUUUAUUGUCACAUGUACCGAGGCACAGUGAAAAGCUUUGUCUUGCGAGCAACACAGGCUG